UCCCUAGAUCCUACCAUUUAACGACAAAAACAACCAACGACGAAAAAAAUCCAGUAAACAUGUUUUCCCCUCCACUCAAAACCCCCGAAAGAACAGGCAAAGACAUGAAGGAAACAAGACUUGCACAUUCGUUUAAGAAUCGGCUCUAUGAUCUGGGUUGCCCGUACACAGAAGAUGUUGAUCCGUCCUGGAUCACAGAGCUUAUGUUCAAACCUGGAGAACAGAGAAUGCGUCUUCUUCAGUGGCUUUUUGCGAGGAUUGACAGUCGACUCAACAACAUGAUUGAGGCACAAUAUUCAUCCCAUGAAGGAAUCUCGGAAUCGAGAAUCAAAAGAAUUCUGGUUGUUGCAUCUACUUUGGGUUUGUGUCAUAAGGACGACAUCGACUUAAUUCGGGGUGUUGCAUCAGUCUCCAAACAGACUGUGUUUAUGGACCGCUUGCUAGACACAGUGUGCAUCAUGGACUCUGCUGCAGACCCACACACCAAAGCCAUGCAGGACCCACGUGUUGUCAGUGAUUCCAUGUCCCUGAAUGAACAGUUCAUCAAAGAUUGCCAGUUCAUUGACUCACUGGCUGAGAAGGAGGAUGUGACAUCACUUUUUCCCGCCAAGUCGAAUCUCUACCCACCUGACCUCGUCCGCAUGAUUGAGAAACAAUGGAAGGAGAACGGCUACAAACCUGGAGAUAAGAACCUUCCGCUACCAGACAUCAAACAGUUAGUGAAAGACGCCAACAGUGUUUCUCAGGAUCUCGAACGAAUGAUUGAAAUAUUGGACCAAUUGAAAAAGAAGUUCCCCUACCCUACUGUUGACCCUCAAAUGGAUGAGAAAAUGGGCCGGACGUUGAAACUCCUGCUGUCGGAACUAUCGCAGUUGGUGACUGGCUUCUCGUAUUGUUUUGAGAACGAGAUGCAUCAUUGGUGUAACAAGUCUGCUCCUCAGCUCUCACAGCUCGGACCCGCGUUCAAGAGAGUCUGUGGCCUGCUCCAGAUAUUCACAUCGGUGCUACAAAGUCUCAGUACGGUGAGGGGAGGCUAUGUUGCCAUGUGUGGCAAAACCAGGGACGCUUUAAAGAAUAUGCCAACAGAAAAAAGUAACAAUUUAGCCAACAUCAGCCAAGCCACGUGCGAUACAUUUCAAGAUGUCAUCAACAUCCUUGACGAGACGAUUAUCAGAGGAUCAGAAAGUUUGCCCUGAAAGGUCGUCAAUUCAGCUGAACACUGCCAUGAGUCCGGGGUCGAGUGAGAAACAGGCGUUUCUUUACUGUUUGACGAAUUCUUAGGAAUCGUUAAAACUGAUAAUAAAGGAAUGGACAGUGACCUUUGAAUAUCUCUCUUUGAAUAUCAGUCAUUUGAAAACUGUCAUCAUUGAAUCUUCUCUUGAAAUGAAGAGAUGACAUUAUAAAGUGUUGUCAACCAAGGCAGUCACCGAUGCCAUGUCAACAUGGUCACAGGACUAGGUUCUUGUAUCACGAAAUGUUGAUAUUUACAUGUACUGUCUUGUGUAAAUAGAUUUGUAUAUAAACUUUGUAUGUGCCAAUAAUCAG